AUGACAGCUGGAGUUUUAAAACAAAUUUUAGCUCAAAAUUUGAAUGUUGCAGCUAGAGAAAUAGGUCUUGAUGAAUAUAUUUUCAUGCAUGAUAAUGACCCAAAACACACCUCCAGACUUGUAACUGAUUGGAUUAAUGAAAAAAACAUUGAUGUUUUAGAUUGGCCUAUACAGAGUCCAGAUCUCAAUCCAAUUGAAGCUGUGUGGGCUUAUGUAAAAACCAAAUUAUCAAAAUUUGGUAAAUUAAAUAAAAAUGAAUUAAGAGAAAAAAUUAAAGAGAUUUGGUGUAGAAUACCUAAUGAUUCGGUGUUUAAAUAUGUAAGAAGCUUUCAUAAACGUUGUUUAGAGGUUUUUAAAAAUAAAAGACAUAAUACUAAGUAUUAA